UAGUUCGGCGGAAAGAAUUUCUUUAUCUGAAGCCUAAUUGCCGAGUGACCCUGGAGGCAAAACGUCUUAGAAACCUUCUAGUAGGAAUGCUACCAUGAACUUUUUCCCUUUAAAAAACUAUUGUAACUUCAUCUUAAGGCAGUAAAGAUUUUGAUAUGCUAUUCGUAACUUGGAAAUACUCGGUGUUUCAACACUGCGCAUUUGUCAUUAGCGUGAAUUAAAUUGUCUUCAUAGAGUUAAAAUUUUUUCCAGGUCAGUAAUUUGUUCUCGUUUACAAGUUUGAUAUCUUAGUUUAUUAGUGACAGCAAGUGCUUUGUUUCGAAGUCUGCAGAGAGACAAAGAUCUUGAAAUGCCUUAUGCGCAUCUGAAAGGUUAAACAAAGAGUGGUAGAACAGCUUUUUCCGGCCACCUAGGUUGAAGCUUCUUUAGGAGCCAAAAAAUGCUCCUCUCCUGCAGUGAUUUUGUGCAAUUGUUGAAAUAAAUACGCUACAUGAUGUUGAUCACUCUUUGUCUAUGUGCUGGUCAGUAUGAAGCGACGGUUGAUUGGAGAGCAAACCUCUAAUUUAUCCGUCGGGGUUUAUUUGAUUAAAGAGAAGUUGAUUUCACAGUUGAAAACACGAGCGCCACUGCAACUUUAUACGUUCAGGUAAACCUAACUCCGACUCGUUUAAAUUGGCCCACUUCCCGUUUCCAUUACAUUCCAAGCGCUUCUUGGAAAGUUUUUCCUAUUAGAACUGAUCACACGAUUGGAUUUGUUCAACUAGUAGUCCCUGGUUAGCGCGCCAAAGAAAAGACUUUUGCUAACACGCGGAAGAGGAAGCCAUAUUUCAGUAAGCAGAGAUCGGUGUAACGCUGUUGGUCAACAUUACGAGAGUCUCGCCAAUAAUCCACACCGUAAGGCAAGAAUUCUACUGACCAAACAUGGCUGUUGAGAAGUUACAAGCGCAAAGCAAAGCAGGAGUAAAUAGAAAGAAAAAACGGCGCAGAAAGCCGCGGCUUACUGGUCUGAGCAAGCAGAGACAGACAGCGAACGCUCGAGAACGUUCUCGGAUGAGGAGUAUCAGCGCCGCUAUGUUAGAACUAAGGUAUCACCUGCCUUCGUCCUUCGCUCCUAAAGAGAAGAAACUGUCCAAAAUACAAACACUGCGCUUUGCAAUCCGCUACAUUGGAGACCUGUUUGAGGUGCUUCAGAAAGGCCAGGAGUCAGAUAGUGAAACAAGCUCUGUUGAGAGUGAAUCAAACACCGUGAGAGAGGGUCGGUUCAAAGCCGACAGUUAUGAUAGACGACAGCGUUUCAAGAUUGAACGAGAUAAUCCGUCGUGUAUGUAUUUGAAAGAAGCCCUGUCUCAAACCUAUCUGUAAAGUUCAUAAAUUUAUAGAGGAGACCAUGAUUUGUCAGUUUUAUGAAAUGAAGCAUUUCACCGAAUACCAAAUAAGUGUUUACGUCAUGAUCAUGAUGGGUUUUUAAUCGCGUGGAAUAGGCAGGUUAUUAUCAGAGAUAAUCACUCUCACUUGAACCAAUCUUAACUUAACACGUCCUUGACUUUUAAUCAGAUCUCAACAGUACUUCGUUCAGCGAACUUGACAUAAAGAAUCAAGCGUAUAUCGGAUGCGAAGUCUGAAAACUGUCUUAAAGAAAGGUAAACGAAAACCUUGUUUCAACAUUGCAAUCAAGUUGCUUUCCUGAUGAAAAUCGAGGAGAAUCAAAUAGUGUUGUUUUAAUUAGUAAUUGAUCUUUUUGGAUUGGGAAGAUAUUUAGGUUGAAUUAGUUUUCCGCCCUUUCUCGUGAGAUGUCAACACUCCACAUGCAACAGGAAAUUACGUUUUUUCAUCACACACUAUUCGAGACGCUUGCCGUGUCGCGUGGAGAGCUACAGAAUUUCUCGGCGUUUAUCAUAUACAUAUACAUAUUCUUAAGAUCUGAUUAGCACGAAGGAUCUACAUACUUUGAUAUCUGUAUAUCUGUUACAUUAUGGAUCAAUAAAGUACGAAAUUUUUUUGAAAUA